UCUCAUCAUAAACUCAUCAUUUUACUUAUUCCCACAGUUUUCAAUCACUAUCGAUUCCUUACGUCGAAGUUUAGUAUGUACUCACAUUUUCGCUUUUAUUUGCCCGUAGCCCUUAUUGGCGCCGGGGCAUAUAUUGCUGCUUGCACUCCUUCCAGCUCCACUUGCGAAAGCUUCUGCCAGGAGCGUGUUGAGAAUGCCUCCUCAUGGGAGGUUGACCAACACGCCUCGCGGGACUUCUCAUUCUACGCCACUCCGUCCAACUUUUCUUCCGAUCUUGCCCCAGGAAGUCUCCUCUCAGUUGAGCCGGUUACCGACCUCUUCAACUACAGCAUUCCUAGCGGCCUCUCCAUGUCCCGUAUCGUGUAUACCACCAACGACCUGAAUGGUACUACUCUUCCGGCUUCCGCGUAUGUACUCUGGCCGUACACACCACUUUCGACCUCCGAUCAACAGGAGCAAGGCUUUCCAAUGGUAGCAUGGGCCCACGGAACUUCUGGCGUGCUUAGGGGGUGCGCACCAAGUAAUUAUCGCAAUUUGCAGUACCACUUCAUGGCUCCAUUCCUUCUCGCUUUACAAGGCAUGGCUGUCGUUGCGCCAGAUUACGCUGGGCUCGGCAUCAAUACCUUGCCGAAUGGACAAGAGAUUGGCCAUCCAUGGCUUAGUGGACCAUCCCAGGCCAAUGACCUCGCCAAUUCCAUAAUCGCUGCCCGCAAAGCGUUUCCCAGUAUUCUAACCGCUGAAGGCCCCUUCGUCGCUAUGGGCCAUUCUCAAGGCGGCGGGGCGGCUUGGGCAUUCGCAGAAAAGCAAGUCAAUGAGCCCAUCUCCGGAUAUAAAGGCACAGUUGCCAUUGCACCUCCUACACGAACCAUUGACCAUUUGAAAAACGCCUUCGGAAACAUCACGGAGCCCUGGGCCCAGGUCAUCAUUGCUGGACAGCCAAAGCUAAUUGCCGCAGUUACUGCUGUUUUCCCUUCGUAUAACUACUCUGGGCUAACGCCUGUAUCUUACGAUAGAUGGUUCAAUGUCCUGAAGCCUUUGGAUGGAUGUCUCCCGACUGACAGCGUAGCAUUUACGAAUGUGACUGCUGAUCAACUCGCAGUUCCUGACUGGUACGAGGCUCCCGAGGUCCAGAGAUUCGCCAAAGUAGCGGAAAGUGGACGGAAGAAGUUCAAGGGCCCAUUGCUUGUCGUUGCUGGGGAGGCUGACAUUGUGGUUCCCCUCGACACGGUCGAGCCUGCGGUGGAUGAUAUCGGCCAUGAAUCACUUUCCAGUCAUUCAAGCCAGCCAGAUGAAGUGGCUACCGUGGGUUAAAGAACGGUUGUCUGGGGUUCCGGUUUCGAGGAUUGGAUGUGUCAAAAGUGUGGUAAAUGGAUUCCGUACAAAUGAUACCCUGCAAACAGCGGAACCAAACUUCCUUGAAGGAUGGGCAAGCCCUGAUGAUAACUGGAAAUACUCGCUUUAGUCAUUGUCCGACCCUUGGAGUUCGGCAGAGACUGGGAUAUUUCUUUUGUCAUGAGGAAGAUGUACAUAAACAAAUUGAUUGAAUUCUGAUCAAUGCAUGAAGAAGUAGUGUCCAUUAGCAU